UUAAACUACUUGAUUUAAAACCCAGAAAAAUUGAGGGAGGAAUAUAAACAUAGAAUCUAUAUUGCUAUUGUUGGUCUACCUUUCCCACUUCCUUCAAAUGCUGACUCGACCAACCUGAAAGGCGGCCAGUGUUCAGAUUAUUGAGGUCAGAUUACAGUCCCUUCCAGACAUCUGUCCCUGUGUCACCACAGCGCUCCCUCUCAGCGCUGUUAAGCCUGACGGGCUCCAGCCCACUUAGUACAGAUGGGCCUCCUAUUUAUCAUGUCAGAACCCCUGCUUUAGUUGGGACCUAAUAAAUUAAAUUAGACUGAUGAGAAGCAUUUUGAGGCCAGACGUGAGAAAUAAAAUCACAAUAUGAUCAAAAUACAACUUGGCAUACGUGAAAUUUAAGGGAGACAUGUAGAGCUUUUCUGGAAUUUCUUCAAUGUUUCUGAGACAAAGUGGACCACUGCUAUAAAUAUACCUUUCGCUUGUCUCACAUGCCAUUUGUUGUCUUAAGGACUGCGUCAAGGGAGAUUAAGGUAAUAGGCUUUCUUCCGCACAGCCGAAAGGCAUGCCCUGCUGUUACCAACCUGCUUCACAUGCUCAUCCAGGAACAUGGACGUGUUUUAUGCCAUAUUUGGUAUCUUCUUGGUGUUUAAUAUCAUCACCACUGGAUUCUCUACUUGUCUGCUGGGUUGCUCCUGCACUAAUGAUAACUUAGGAAGGUCUUUACUGUGUAUGGAAACCCCCAUGGGACACAUCCCAGAAAACAUCCCUAAUGAUUUCACUAAAAUCAGAAUUGAAAACUGCCACCUGACUGAGGUACCCCGAGGUUCCUUCUCUCAAGUUCGUGCCUUAGAGUUCCUCUGGCUAAAUUUCAAUGAGAUCACCCUGAUGAACAUCAAAAGCCUGGAGGGGCUCACCAGCCUGACUGAGCUAAGGCUACAAGGCAACAAGCUGACCUCAAUACCAUGGACGGCAUUUCAGAGCACUCCCAGACUUAAAAUUUUGGACCUGAAGCACAAUCGGCUAGAUGUGUUGCCUGAGAAUGCUCUGAGACACUUGCCUGCACUGACCUACUUAGAUUUAUCCUUCAAUCAGUUUAGCAUCAUAUCAAAGGAGGUGUUCACAAAUUGGCCUCUUUACCAAACAGCACAGAAAGCAUGGGGGAAAGAAGGCAUGGUGUCCAAUGUGGUUUUAUCGUUACAUGAUAACCUCUGGUUGUGCGACUGCCGUCUUAAAGGUUUUGUUGAAUUCAUCCGAGAGGUAAGCCCUCCUAUCAUCCUCAUGAACUCUUACUUGAAGUGCUCCAGUCCAGCCUCCAAAGUGGGCAAGUAUUUCUAUGAGGUCCAACCGAAAACAUGCAUGAAGCCAGUGGCCUCCGUCACAGAGUCAAACAUUACUUUAUCUCUGGGAGUAAAUGCAACUCUGACGUGCCUUGUCAAAGCCAGGCCACUUCCAAGCAUUCAGUGGCUGUAUCCUCUGAAGAUUAUCAGAGCAUUUGCUUCUACCCAGACUCAGAUAGAUGACGAGGCCGUUACAUCCCAGUUGGUGAUCCCAUCCGUGCACCUAGCAGAUCGCGGACUCUACACUUGCAUGGCCAACAACUUCAUUGGCAACUCCUCUGUCGGAAUCUCACUCAACAUUGAUUCCCCCAACUCCUCAGACCCUCUUCCACCACCUGUACCCAUGCUGUCAUCUGAUGACAGUCCCCACAUUGAUAUUCGCAUCGCCAAACAGACCAUCUAUGGCAUCACCUUGGAGUGGUAUGCCAUAACGGACAACCCUGCAGAAACGUGGUUCACCAUUCAUUUUGGCAAAUACGAUUCACCCAAGAAAGAGAUGAUCUUCAUUGGUCCUGGCAUAAACAGCUACUCGGUCAGUGACCUGCUUCCUGUCACCAAAUACGAGGUGUGUGUUGCCCUGAAGAACCACCCACCCAGAGAGGGCCAGUGCAUUGUCUUUGUGACAGGUAGCGACAUUAGUGAGCUGGAGCAGAGGGAGAAACUCAUCCACAUAAUUGUCAUUGUAUGUGCCAUGGUCCUGGCCGUGCCGGCAGGCAUGUACGCAUGCACCACGGAGGUUAGGUUCAGCUGUGUGGACCGCUGUGUGGAUCUGUGGAAGAAGCGCAGGAGGCGUGCCGAGAAUACAGAGGGAUCAGAAAGCCAGAACACCUUUGACAGUCUUCAGGCGGCCAGCGAUGAAGCCCUAUGUAGGGAGUCUGAGGAAAAACCAACAAAGAGGCGGAAAUCUGAAGACAGGUGCAAAGGGGGAAGUGCUGCUCACUUGUAUUAGAAUCAAAGUGGGAAACUACAGGGGUUGGACAAUGAAACUGAAACACUUGGUUUUAGACCACAAUAAUUUAUUAGUAUGGUGUAGGGCCUCCUUUUGCGGCCAAUACAGCGUCAAUUUGUCUUGGG